GGGCCUGCACGCUCUGACACCCUCGGGUCUGGCUCCACCCUCCGCUGGCCCUUGGCUCAGCCCAGCGCCGCUCCAGCCCGAGGAUGCCCAGCUCCCUGCUGUGACCCACGGCGUCCGCCCGGCCACUCCUUUUCCCUGAGAGCAAGCGUCCUGGGGCGCUUGUCUCGCCGCGGUGGCCUCUGAACCCCCGCAUUCGUUAGUAGGAGCAGGGCGGGGACACCUCUCUGGAUCGUACCGCGGCCCUAGCGCACCCGGGUGGCGCCAGUGCGCGCGCGGGGCAGCUGCGGGCGACGGGGACGCGCGGAGGGGACGCGGCAGGGGGGCGCCUGGAAGGGCAGCGGCGAGGGGCGCGGCGCCGGCGGAAGCUGGGGUGGGGGCACCCGGGUGCGAUGCUGUGAAGGGCGAGCGACGCGGCGGCGGCGAUGAGUGCCUCUGCGGCCACCGGGGUGUUCGUGCUGUCGCUCUCAGCCAUCCCGGUCACCUACAUCUUCAACCACCUGGCGGCCCAGCACGAUUCCUGGACCAUUGUUGGCGUUGCUGCCCUCAUCCUGCUCCUGGUGGCCCUUUUGGCUCGAGUCCUUGUCAAAAGAAAACCCCCGCGGGACCCUCUGUUCUACGUGUAUGCAGUGUUCGGAUUUACCAGCGUGGUGAACCUCAUCAUCGGCUUGGAGCAGGAUGGCAUCAUCGAUGGGUUUAUGACCCACUACCUGAGAGAGGGUGAACCAUAUCUGAACACGGCCUAUGGGCACAUGGUCUGUUACUGGGAUGGCUCUGUUCAUUACCUGAUGUACCUGGUGAUGGUGGCUGCCAUAGCAUGGGAGGAAAGCUACAGAACCAUUGGCCUAUACUGGGUCGGAUCCAUCAUAAUGAGCAUUGUGGUUUUUGUGCCUGGAAACAUUGUAGGAAAAUAUGGAACACGGAUUUGCCCUGCAUUUUUCUUAAGCAUACCAUAUACAUGUCUUCCGGUGUGGGCUGGCUUCAGAAUCUAUAACCAGCCAUCAGAAAACUAUAAUUAUCCCUCAAAGGUUCUUCAAGAAGCCCAAGCAAAAGCCCUGCUGAGAAGACCAUUUGACUUGCUCUUGGUUGUGUGUCUCGUCUUGGCGACUGGAUUUUGCCUGUUCAGAGGCUUGAUUGCUCUGGAUUGCCCAGCCGAGCUCUGCCGACUCUACACACAGUUUCAAGAGCCCUACCUAAAGGACCCUGCUGCUUAUCCUAAAAUUCAGAUGCUGGCGUAUAUGUUCUAUUCUGUCCCUUACUUCGUAAUUGCACUUUAUGGCUUAGUGGUCCCUGGAUGUUCAUGGAUGCCUGAUAUAACGCUGGUCCAUGCUGGAGGUCUAGCUCAGGCUCAGUUUUCUCACAUUGGUGCUUCCCUUCAUGCUAGAACUGCUUACGUCUACAGAGUCCCCGAAGAAGCGAAAAUCCUUUUUUUAGCAUUAAACAUAGCAUAUGGAGUUCUUCCUCAGCUCUUGGCCUACCGUUGUACCUACAGUCCCGAGUUCUUCCUAAGAACAAAGGCCGAUGAAAAGGUGGAAUAAACAUACCUCAGUUCUCUCUGACCCUGUUAUGUGGAACGGAUGCUCUACUUCAUUCCCUUCCAGGAUACUCACGAGAAUACAGACUCUUGUUCUACAGUGGAUGUGCGAGUGAAAUAAUGGUAUUGUAUAGGUAUAUUCUCAUUUUUGAAGGGAAAUUCAAGUUGAGAAACAGCUUGUUUAAAGAAAUAUAUCACAAUUUGUCUGUGAAUGUGACCAUGGAUCUUAACAUUGCACAUAUUGUGUAUGAAAAUUACAACUCUAGUGCCUACAAAUAGAAUAAAAAUGAAACUAUUCAGAAGUGACUAACCAUAUUCACUAUGCAUAUGAAACAAUUCAAAACCGCAAUUACAGGUUGGAGAAAUAACUUCGUAUGAAUUGUAUGAGUCAUUGACAACCUUAAUAUAAAUGCCAGAUCAUCAUAUUUUUAAGUUGUUUGAAGUGUCUUCAUAAGGAAAGAAUAUUACUUACUGCUAUUUUAAAAAAUUGCUAUCCAAACUUCUAUUGUGAACUUAAAUGGCUAAGAUGACACAAAUCCACUUUAUUAGUAGCCUUAAUGAACACUUGUUUUAUUGGUGGCUGGUAAUAUUCCUCUUGUGUUUCUGUGUAUACUUUCAAUAAAAUUAUUUUUGGUGUUUUAUGAAGACAAA